AACUCACCCACUUAUUGUUUAUUUUUGUUUUGCUCUCUAUUUAUUGUUCGAUUUACAGUAUGCACACGAUAUGCUCCACCGGUGAUACUGGACGAUUCAAUGGGGGAUACGGUAGCGUUACUCGGACAAGAUGUCGAUCUCACGUGUAAGGUCGAUAACCUUGGAAGGCAUAUGGUAGCCUUUGUCAGAUCCAGUACACCACCACGACUUAUAUCAUUUGAUGAGAAAAUAUUUCGUCAAAAAGACAAGUAUGAGUUGAAGUCGAAGAUGGGCCCGAUGAACAACGAAUGGGUUCUCACCAUCAAAAACGUCCAAGUUAGUAUUGCAGCUUCCAUUUCUCUUUUUCUUCCCUAUCUUUUGUGUUGGAAUUCUUACAACAAUUAG